UUCGUUGACAACGAGGAGCUCUCUCAUUUUCCUCUCCAUUUUCUCGGGAAAAAAGAAAGUAAAGAAGCAUGGGAAAAGGCCCUGGUCUCUACACCGAUAUCGGCAAAAAGGCUAGAGAUCUUCUUUACAAGGAUUACCAGGCCGACCACAAGUUCACUGUCACUACAUACACUUCCAAUGGAGUUGCAAUCACAUUAACUGGAACUAAAAAAGGUGAAUUACUGUUGGGUGAUAUAAGCACGGAGCUGAAGAACAAGAAUAUCACAACCAAUGUGAAAGUUGACACUAAUUCUAAGCUUUUUACCACUAUUACUGUUGAUGAACCUGCGCCGGGUUUGAAGACGAUCUUUAGUUGCAUUGUCCCUGAUCAAAGGUCUGGCAAGGUGGAACUGCAAUACCAACACGAAUAUGCUGGCAUAAGCACUAGCAUUGGUUUGACUGCAAGUCCCCUCGUUAACUUCUCGGGUGUGGUCGGAAACAAUUUUGUCUCCGUUGGAACUGAUCUCUCAUUUGACACUUCCAGUGGGAACUUUACAAAACUGAAUGCUGGGUUGAAUUUCACCCAUUCUGACCUCAUUGCUUCCUUGGCAUUGAAUGAUAGAGGUGACACUCUUAAUGCUUCCUACUACCACAUAGUUAGCCUGUUGACUAACACGGCAGUCGGUGCGGAGCUGACCCAUAGCUUUUCAAGUAAUGAGAACACUCUUACAAUCGGUACGCAGCAUGCUCUUGACCCAUUGACCACGGUGAAGGCUCGUGUGAAUAACUUUGGGAGAGCAAGUGCUCUGAUCCAGCAUGAAUGGAGCCCAAGAUCGCUUAUCACAAUAUCUGGAGAGGUGGACACCGCAGCAAUUGAAAAGAGUGCUAAAGUUGGUCUGGCUUUGGCACUGAAGCCCUAGUCAAAGGCAAUUAUUGUUCUGCCUAGGCAGGCAGACAGACGGGGCCGGCAUUUAUUUUGAUUGGUCUGGGACUAAUGUACUUCCAUGGGUGGUAAUAAUUGUGAUCGGCAAACUGAAAUUAGUGAAAUCUAUUCAUAUGUGAAAUUGAAGUGUUGCUUAAA